UGUACCAGAAUCCAAACUUACCUCCAAAUUUCAACAAUGCCUUCAUUUACGUAAUCAAAAUGAAUUUAAACCCACAAAUACAAGAAAACAAAACAAUAUUGUGUGGUGUGGGUCCAAUCCAAAAUCUCUCCAUGAAACUACAUAAGAGAUAAAAGAAAAACAGAGCUUGCAUUUGCAAUAUUACUACUUUUCAGAGUUUCUGGAAAGAAGUUAGAAGCAAAAAGUGAAAUUUGUGGUGGAAUUAAGAAGAUAAUGGCUUUACAGCUGAAUGGUGCUUGGUGUUUGUAUGGAACAAGUGCUAGUAAGAGAAUCAAGGAAAGCAGAAAUGUAAUAAGGGCAGUUUCGUCUUUAGAAAAUAAUGCAGCAACUAGUUCAGUGAAGUCCAUUAAUGAAGGAAAGGUGAAGUUGGGAGGGUCUGAUUUGGAGGUGACUAAGUUGGGUAUUGGUGCUUGGUCUUGGGGUGAUACCAGUUACUGGAACAACUUUGAAUGGGAUGACAGGAAGUUGAAAGCAGCCAAGGCAGCAUUUGACACUAGUCUUGAUAAUGGAAUAAAUUUCAUUGACACUGCUGAGGUCUAUGGCUCCAAGUUUUCUCUGGGUGCAAUCAAUUCUGAAACUCUUCUUGGAAGGUUUAUUAAGGAACGGAAAGAGAAGGAUCCAGAGGUAGAGGUUGCAGUUGCGACCAAGUAUGCAGCAUUACCAUGGAGAUUAGGACGUGAAAGUGUAGUCAAAGCCCUGAAGGAUUCUCUCUGUCGCCUAGGUCUUUCUUCUGUGGACCUGUAUCAACUACACUGGCCUGGAAUAUGGGGAAAUGAAGGGUAUAUUGAUGGUCUUGGUGAUGCUGUUGAGAAGGGACUCGUAAAGGCUGUUGGAGUUUCCAAUUAUAGUGAGAAGCGGCUACGUGAUGCUUACAAACGGCUGAAAGAAAGAGGUAUUCCCCUGGCUUCAAACCAAGUAAACUACAGCCUUAUAUAUAGACUCCCGGAGGAAAAUGGUGUCAAGGCUACCUGUGACGAGCUUGGAAUCACUUUGAUUGCUUAUUCACCAAUUGCUCAAGGUUCCUUGUCUGGAAAAUACACACCAGAAAAUCCACCUUCUGGUCCUCGAGGCCGCUUAUACACUUCAGAAUACCUGACCCAGCUGCAACCUUUGGUGAAGAGAAUUAAGGAGAUAGGACAGAACUACGAUAAGACUCCCACCCAGGUAGCUCUAAAUUGGCUAAUAGCACAGGAGAAUGUAAUUCCUAUACCUGGAGCUAAAAAUGGAGAACAGGCUGCAGAGUUUAUUGGUGCACUCGGUUGGCGACUUAGCGAGGAAGAAAUUCAAGAGCUACGUUCUUUAGCAAAAGAAGUGAAGUCUAUUAUUGGCUUCCCAGUUGAGAAGCUGUAAGAAUGUCUGGUGUUUUCAUCAUCGAUUUGGUUUUGCAGCCGAUAGAAAGACCUCCCAUCAUUGACGGCCAUCGUCUAAGCCAUAUGAUAAUUAUACAUCAAUAUACUUCCAAUUAUUUGUAAAUAUACUUCAAUCAUGCAUGAAAUCAUGAUAUCUUGUAACAGAUAAACCAAAGGUGUAGAAGUGGUAAAUUACAAUAUAUGAAUGUCAUUUAGCUUCCUAAUAUAGUAUACAAUAUCAUAAUUGAUGCAAACAACAAUAAGAGGUUAUUACACUUUCCUUUGAAAUGUUGCCAUCAAAUUUGGAAACACACCACUGACAGACAAGCUCUACUUCACGUGCUUCGCUCAUUGUGUGUGUUUACCAAGUCUGGUUGCAGUCUUGCAGAGAUGCAAAAACUUUUUAGAGGUUGCUGCAAGGAUAUCACUGGUUUGUUUAAGGAUAUUUUUAAUGAAGCUUGUAGAGCUUAUGAAAAACAAAGAGCUCUUUUAUAUGUUGA